AUGUUUAAAGCCGUGCAAGGGGGACAUGUCGAUGCAGUCCAGGGGUUGCUACGGUCGAGUGACCUCAAGGACAUGCAACAGAUGGAUGUUGUGGUCGGGGGCAAGCCCGUCGUGGAAGAGUGCACCCCGCUGAUGCUGGCGAGUUGGUUGGGCCACGACGGCAUUGUGGACUUGCUGGUGGCGUACGACUCUUCCCUAGUAAACCUUGCGAACCACAACAAAACCAACGCACUGAUGCUAGCGUGCAUGAACAACCAUUGGAGCGCAGUUCAGACGCUCCUUUCUGUGGCCAGCCUGGACGUGAACGCAAUCAACAUGGACUCCCACUCGGCGCUGCUUAUUGCAGUCAACAACAAGAAUGCCGAGCUGGUGCAUUUGCUCUUGACCCGUGCCGACCUCCAAGUCAACCUCCAUGGCUACAGAGGCAAUACAGCCCUCAUCCUAGCUUGCGCGUCGAGUUCCAAGAACGUGGUCGACGCGCUGCUGUCUCAUCACGACAUUGACGUCAACAUGGUCGACAAUAGUGGCCAAACGGCGCUACACCGCGCGGCGGCCGCGCCAGGUGGGUCGUUGAUCGUACAACAUCUGCUACAACACCCAAACCUGCUAGUGAACAAACCCAGCAAAACCGAAGAAACAGCGCUGCACGUGGCAGCCGAUGUUGGCGAGGGCGAGUCCGUCAUAGCUCUUCUGAACCACUCUGCUGUCGAUGCAACAUGCAAAGACGUGCAAGGAAGGUCCCCCCUCAUGCGUGCACUGAAACAGGGGCAUGCGGACAUUGCCCUUGCACUGCUGGCCACACAAUCCGUGACCAAGGAAGUCAACUACCAGGAUAAAACUGGCAUCACGGCGCUCAUGGUGGCGUGUCAAGCUGGUCUUCUGCCUGUCGUUGAUGUCAUGCUGCACAUUCCUUGCGUGGAUAUUACCAUUCUCACCAAAUCGGGGUGUACGGCGCUGAGCUAUGCGGCAACCAAGGGGGACGCUCGGGUCGUGCAGGCGCUGCUGGGGCAUCCAAAUGGGUCGGAUAUUGUCAACAAGGCAUAUCCGAGUGCACUGUUCCGGGCGUGCCGGCUAGGGUUUGAGGACAUUGUCCAGCUGUUGCUGAGUCGGGACGACUUGGAUGUGCACGCCGAUAUCAACACGAUGAUCGACACACCGCUGACGAUUGCGGCUGAGGAAGGGCAUGCAAAUGUCGUGGCUAUCCUCGUUCAACGACCCAACUUGUUUCCAGUCAACCAACCCGCUCGAAAAUUAAAAAAAACACCUCUGCAUUGUGCGGCGACACACGGACGUGUGGAAGUAGUGCAAGUGUUGCUGCGUCAAGGCGAUGUUGACGUCAACGCUGUCGACGAUAAAGGGAGCACGGCAUUUCUGUACGCUGCCUCAAGGGGGAGUUUGCCCAUCUUGCAGCUACUGUGGCAGUGUCCCACGCUGCACUCAAUCAACUUCCAAGACAAGGGGCAAUGCACUGCCUUGGCUUGGGCGUGUGAAUACCAUGACGCCGACGUUGUGCAGUUCCUCCUGAGCCUACCAGACAUUGACGUGAAUUUGCCCGACGAGAAUGGCCAUUCGCCGCUUCUCAAGGCCACCGUGAAUGGCAGUGCGGGCGUGGUGGCUGUGCUACUUCAACACCCACAGAUUCAAGUGAACCGGCCAUCGCAUAACAUGAACACACCGCUACAUGCGGCCGCCAACCUACGUGGACCUGCCAUUGCCGAGCUGUUGCUUGCCCACCCAUCGAUUGACAAGUCUGUUGUCAACAGAGAAAACUGUGGGCCGGUGCAAGUGGCGGCCAAAGGCGGGAAUUACGUAACCAUGGGGGUCUUACUAGCGAAUGGCUUGCCGUUCGAGUCAGUGUACAAGGGCACAUUGCUCGUUGUAGCUAUGGCUCCAUGUAUGACCCCCGCCGCAGGAGUCGCCCUUCUCCUCCGUGACCUCCCCGUCAUCGUCAGCGCGACCACUCCUACCCCCACCAUAGUUGCCACUGACAAGCACCACUACUCGUGGACUACAUUUCUGGAUUCGUCGACCCCCAUCAAGCCCGAGAUUCGCCUCGAAACGGUACAAUUAGUGCUGGACCACCCCCAAUUCAAGGCCCUGGACCGCCACAGUGUCGUCAAGGAGCUCGCGUUUGCCGCCGACAUCAACGGCCGCACGGCGCUGCAGAUCACAGACGCCGCCACGCGAACGUUUCUGAACGAGCAGCUGUUUUUCUGCGGCCGGUACGAACUCUUUGACGGACCGCCGAUCCACAUCAGCUCCACGGCGGUGGUUGUCAAUGCGUUCGACUAUGGCAUGUUCAAGCAAGUGUUUGAUAUGCACGCGGCGGCAUUGGAUCAUCACUUGGACAGAGAUGGCUUUGCAAAGUGUAGCCACGCGUUGGGCCAACCUUCGUCGCAGACAACCAAGGGUACGUUAGGGCAAAGUGACUUUGACGUGUGGGACAAGAAUCACAACGGCACGUUGUCCGAAGUCGAGUUUAUGCGAUACUGUGACCAAGCGUAUGGGGGCAAAUUGAAAGUCGCGAUGAAGUUCAUGCGGAAUGCGGAUGAACAUGCACGCGAGAUUCACAUGCGACGUGGUUUGACCAAAGAUGAUGAGGAAAAUGCUGGGUCUCCAUGUGUGCUUCGUCUGUUGCCCAUGGCGAGUCAAGAAGCGUUUGAGUGUCAUGUGACACAGUUGACACUGCACCACGACCUCCACAUGGCGGCGUACCCCAACGUGCUCGUGAUGCCCGCCGCCGAUCGCAGCCUCGAGGACAUUUACUUGAAAGAACGUCCAAACGACAAUCAAAUCCGAAGCAUGCUGCAGGAAGUGGCAACGAUGCUGGGGCAGUUGCACUCUCAUGAUGUUGUGCACGGGGAUGUGAAGAAGCUCAACGUGCUGCGUGUGGACCACUGCAUGCGGCUCAUCGAUAUGGACGCCGCCACACCUGUGAAUCACCCCAUCGGCGCCAAGUUUAGCUCGGGCAGUUUGCCUCCAGAAAUGUUUUACAAGUUGAAAAGUGAAGACGAAGUCGCGCAAUAUAGUUCGUAUUGGCAGCAGCGAAACCACCCGGAGAAGACAAAGAACGAGGCGGACGACGACGACGAGCGUCGUCGGCAUGAUCCUGAUUGGUGGGCCAAGGUGCAGCCACGUCAUCACUGGGUUGUCAAGACCUUUCACGACAAAGACCACCAUCUGCUGCCGUACACUCUAGUAAAAGCCACGCCCGCCGUGGACAUGUGGGCGUUUGGAGUGCUCAUGUAUCAAAUGUACAGCGGGGUCGAGUUGGUUCCCACGGACAGAAACCAGGACGUGGACGACAGCAGCAUCGAGCGCGCGGCGACAUGGACACCUGCCGACUUGGCCACUCGCCUGCAAAACAAAGUGGCGAAUCCGGUGGCGCGCGAUCUCCUUUUGAAGCUCUUGGCGGUGGACCCGAAUGAUCGCAUCAGCGUUCACGCGAUGCUAAGCCACGCGUACUUUGAGAUCAAACAAGUGGACAGCACCACCAAGCAAGUAUUGAGUGCUAUUGAAGCCAAAUUGGACACCUUGAACGACCACGUGGUCAGUGGGUUUCAGAGCAUGAACGACCGAUUGGACUUAGUCGUCGAGUUGACCCAAGACACGCUAAAGCAGCUGGGCCAGGCCAAGGAAGAUCUCAUGCGAGGCAUCUUUCAAGCCACCGAAGUGCGCGUCCCCACGUCCUUUGUGUUGCUUCCGUUUAACAUUCUGGAGAAACUUGCUGACGACGACGACGACAAUGAUGUUGAAGGGGCACUAGACGAAGCGGCCAGCUUUAUCCAAAAAGGCUUGGACAUGGGGGCCAAGUUUGUGAAAGCGGUCAAGACCAACAAAGCCAUCAACGUUGUCGUCAAACUAGUAACCCCGGGGGCCCCUCUGUAUCUGUACCUGAUCGACGAAGUACAAGGUGCCCCGGUCGUACCCCCGCUAGACAAGGCAAGCCCCCCAGUGUACCCAAUCAAGAUCGAAACCAAGUCGGACGAGUACGUAGCGUUCAUGGUCACCGCCAUGCCGUACAUUCAAACUGGCUUCAAGCUGCUCAAGGGCGUCAACACGGUGGCUUGUAUGGCCAAGGCGCUGGGCGUUCCGUCGUUGGACGCGGACGUGCUCCAGGGCGUUCAAGACAAGAUCGAAUGCGCCAAGAAGACGUCGAGUGUCUUUGACUUUGGGGUGCUGCAAACUGCCGUGGAAGCGAAUGACCCUGGGGCCCCCGUGCAUCGCAUCCGAGGGGCGGCGCUGCGACAGCUCGAGCGGUUCUUCGAACUCCACGACCCCGAAAAGGACUUUGCAGGGCUUGGCCGAACGUACGCCGCAUCGGGCCAAGUGUUAUGGACCGCCAAGAGCACCAUUGAAGCGUUUGAAAGAUCAAAAGCACAGCCAAAGUCUGCCAACAUCUCGUUUGCAGGCGAUAUACCCAUGCUGCUAGAAAGUGGUAACAAGAAAACGUUAACUGCCCAAGACGUGUAUGCGAAGUUGUUACGCCAGCAACCACCCGAGACGACACGCAAGUCACUUCGGACACCAGGAGCGGUGGCUGUGACGAGGAAGUGUGCUACCGGUAGUGAGGAGGCAUGAGCACUGUACGUACUGUAGUCACUGAUGUGUCAAACAAUAUUGCAACAUUGAUAUGUAUUGUGCUUUUCAUGUAGUUUGCCCGUUGUUUAACUACGUUAAACAACCAGACGUUUAAAA